AUGUCGACUCUUGAGUGGGCCCUCGCCUCCCCCACCAUUGACCUGCCAGCAGAGGCGGGUCCUUCCCGCCUCCGCGACCUCGUGUCGUCAGUUCGCAACGCCGACCACCGUGCUGUCGUCCUUGCCAACGACAUCGUCAAGGCCCUCAAGGGUGUCCCUCACCUGCUCGACGGAUUGGCAGACGGUGCCGCCAGUGAGCCGGUCGGUGAGCUGUCUGAGGACGACCUGCAGACUCUCCUUGUUGCCGCUGUGGCAUUGCAGCAUUCGCCCUCAUUGGCAAGGCCCCCCGACGCCGACACCUCGGCCGCUCUGUCCCUCGAGCUUGGUCUUCUGCACCACCGCCUCGGCUCGGACCGUGCUGCCAACCAAGCGUUCCUCGCUGCUGCGCGUACCAGCGGUCUCGAGUUUGAGCUCACUGGAGCCCUCGGCAAGCGUACAAAAUACCAGGUUGCCGACCACUCCCAGCUUGUUCUCCUUGCCGAGUCGCGCAAGCGUGACAGUGAGACUGAGGAGACUGUCCAAGCCAUUGCCGUUCCCGAGACUCUGGCCCUCAACGACGACACCCUCCUGGAAGAGACUGCGUUUACCAAGGUCACUCAGACCGGCUCAGGUCGCCUCUCCCACCUCGACCCAGGAAACCAGCCUGCUCUUCACCCUCUUGACCAGGCCCUCCUUCUGUCGCUCUGUCUCGCCCAGGGCAACAACUCGCCCUCGCACGGCCUUACUACCCAGACCAUGAUGCCCUUCCUCACUCGUGUCGUCGCACACCCGCGCAACUGGAGCGUGCACACCACCGCUCUGCUGCUUCGCUCCCGUCUCGAGGCCCACCGCUCGCGUACCGUCGAGCGUGCCACCCUCCAGCUCGCCGCUCUUAUCGAGCAGAUGCCCAGCGCCGACUCGUCCACCGCCGAGCGUCUGCAGUACUUCCACCAGCUGCCCUUGACGUCCAAGUGGGAGAUGGAGCGUGAGCUUGCCAAGCGUUACCUCUCUCUCGGUGUCGUCGUCUCGGCUCUCGAGGUCUUCACCCGCCUGGAGAUGUGGGAGGACGCUGUGGGCUGUCUCCAGCGCAUGGAGCGUGAGGCCGAGGCUGAGCGUAUCGUUCACGAGCUGCUGGAGGGCAAGAAGCUCGAGUCGGAUGUGGUCAUGAACCUUGGCCGUAACUCGCUGUCGGACGCUCGUCGCCACAAGCUGUCGGCUGCUCGUGCCGCCAAGCUCCUCUGUGUUCUUGGUGACCUCACUCUCAACUCGGACCUUGCCCCCAAGGACCCCGUGGGUGUCCGCACCAAGGCCAUUCAAUACUACGAGAAGGCAUGGGAGGAGUCGGAGCGCUCGAGCUCGCGUUCCCAGCGCUCCCUCGCUGCCCUCUACGUCUCGAGCAAGGACUAUGAAAAGGCCAUUCCCGCUUUCCAGGCUGCCCUGGCCAUCAACCCCCUGUACGCCCAGGCCUGUGUCAAUGAGGACGAUGCCGAGGGCUGGAACAACCUUGCCGCCGUCUACCUGCGCAUCAACGAAGAGGGUGUGCCCGAGGGUGAGAAGCCUCCUCCCGUCACGUUUGAGAACAAGACCCUCGCCUUCCGUGCCCUCCGUAACGGUCUGCGCAUGGCCUACAACAACUGGCGCAUGUGGCAAAACUACAUGAUUGUCGCUGUCGACGUCGGAGAGCUCGCCGAGGCCGUCCGCGCCAUGACUCGUGUGGUCGAGGAGAUUGGAUCGCAGGACCCCAUCAUGGCCAUUGACCCCGAGGUGCUUGACAAGCUCGUUGACGCCGUCACCCGCGACGACUACAACGGCGGCAAGGGUCCUCUGGACGGAAAGCCCCCCUCGACGUCCAACGAGGGCUGGGGUCUGCUCCCCAUGGUCGAGCGCCUGUUUGACACCACCAUUCUCACUCGCGUCAACGACAAUGCGCGCGUGUGGCGCUCCCACGCCCGUCUCCAGCGCUGGAAGGAGGACUGGGCCGGAGCCGUCGAGGACUACCUCCGCGCGUACCGCGUCACUGUUGCGACUGACGAGCGCGUCGAGCGCGACAGGACGCGCUGGCGUGACGCAGUGGAGGAGGUCGAGGACCUCGUCGCUACGCUCAGCCAGCUUGGUCCCCGUGUGCCCAAGGUUGAGGGCAAGAAGGGCGGCGACUGGCGUUUCCAGGCGCGCGGUAUUGUUCGCACGUUCAUGGGCAGGACAAAGGACGCGUUUGAGGACGAGCCCGAGUGGGAGCGCCUCACCGACCUGCUUGCCGACCUCAAGCGUGCCGACUAA